ACUUCACUCGCGUACCAUGACCUCAAACGACAAUCUUAUCUUCGACACGACAGCCGGCUAGGCAACCACCUCCCUUUGACGUUUCUGUUUCGGUGAAGCGGAGAUGCUCGGACGCGAACGCGUGAAAAGUAACGCGCCACCUUGAGAAAUCUCGCAGUCGUCUCACAGUCGUCUCGUAGUUCGGACCCAAGACCUACCUGUUCCCUUGAAUAUCGUUAUUCGUUUAUAUUGAAAUACAUUAAAUAACCAGUUGCGUGGAGAAAAGAGUGGAGACACUCGACAGAGACUGCCGCGCUUGCUGCACGUCAAGUUUCGUGCCGCGACUUAUACGACUUACGUCGAAGAAAACUGAAGACAAGGGAAAACUACUGGAAGAUAAGCACGGAAGGUAUCUCGUUAUCGUUGACAACCACAAAAACUCGAGUAUUAACGUCCGGAAAACGGGAAAACUAGGAAAGAAAAGCGUCUUGUUCAAUAUUAAUCGUUUAAUGCUAGCGAACAUAACAACCGCCUCCGAACUAGUCUAUCCGUGACAGUGAAAGUGCUGAGGAAAGAAAGAAAAAAGACCGGCCGCCUCUUUAACGAUACUCGUAUUUACGAAAGAGCGGGCAAGAACGUCGUUGCGAGUCGGUAAACCUUGGUCGAAUUUGAAAACGGAGAAACGCGUGUAGAAGCUGCAUCGUAUUGUUAUUGUGUGUCACGGUUACGAAGAAUUGUGUAAAAUUCCUUGACAAAUUUGUCACUGAAGAUAAAACUAUAAUAUGAUGUCAAAGAGCAAUUUCUGCAGUGAAAGUCAAUAAGGUUAGAAAGUGGGGUAAUUUAACUAAUUUCUACACUAAUCACUCGUACUUGGAGCACGCAUAAAUACAUUUGACAUUUGACAUUUAAUUUCUGAUUACAUUUGGUUUUAAAUACGCAACUGUCUGAACGUGUUCUGUCUUGAGAUAUAUACAUAUUCUAAUUAAUUAGCAAGAUUUAUUAUGAAGCUUGACUCACUAAUCCAGAUGCUAUACCGUUUCAUUAUACCGUUCUUGCUUUUAAAAGGAUGCAACAGCAUUCAAAAAUUGCAGCCUUUACAUUCUUGGAAGCAAUUAGAAUUUACCUUCCCAAAUGAGCAUGCGAAAGAGCAAGCUAUACAAGAGGGCCAUUAUAUUCCUGGAGCACCAGUACCAAUCGACGUGGAUUUCUAUCACAAAGCUAAACAAGGAUCUGUGGUCUUUAUUACAAUACCAAGGAUUCAAAACGGGGUUCCAGUCACUCUCGGUUAUGUCACGGAUGGUGUUUCUUCUCAGGGAAAUCCGUUAAUUGCACCUUAUCCAAACUGGGAAUGGAACAGAUUGGGAAAUUGUGACGCGAUGACUAGUGUGUUUAGAGUGCAGGUGGACUCGCGCGACAGGUUGUGGGUCAUCGACACCGGCAAACUCGAAGAACGGCAGAUCUGCCGUCCUCAAUUACUGUCGUUCUCGCUGCGAACAAAUACGGUUUUAAGCCAAUACAAAUUCCCGAAAGAACAAUUCAAGGAGAAUUCUUUGUUCGUAACAAUCGCAGUCGACAUCCGCAACAACUGCCAUAAGUGCGAAGACACGUUCGUUUACAUCGCUGAUGUAACUGGCUUCGGAUUACUCGUCUACGAUCAUCGCAACUCUCGCUCUUGGAGAAUUGACAAUAAACUGUUUUAUCCCUAUCCUGCCCAUGGAACGUUCAACAUCAAGGGCGACACGUUCGAUCUUAUGGACGGCAUUUUGGGGCUUGCCUUGAGUCCCUUGAAGCAAGACGGUGACAGAAUUUUAUACUUCCAUUCUUUGGCCAGUACAACCGAAAGUUGGGUACCUACUUCUACGAUCAGGAAUCACAGCCUCUUUGCAGAGCAUUCCGACUCUGCGCCAAGGUCGUUCCGACCAUUUGCUUUGCAAAGGUCAUCGCAGUCAGCCGCUCAAGCCAUGGAUGAUAGGGGGGUUCUCUUCUUUGGUCUUCUACCAGAUCUCGCUAUAGGAUGUUGGAACAGUAUUACUCAUCCCGAAUACGGUGGUAUCAAUAACGAAGUUGUUGUCGUCAAUCCCGAUACGCUGCAAUUUCCAUCUGGAAUGAAGAUUAUCACUGCGAAAAACGGCCGUCAAGAGCUGUGGGUUCUCACAUCGUCGUUCCAAAAAUUUAUGACUGGAACUAUGAACUCGAACGAGACGAACUUCCGGAUACAGGCCGGUUACGUGGACGAGCUCAUUCGCGGUACCAAGUGUUACAGUCCUCAUAUGCACCUUGACCGCAAUCGCGGCUACGGGUCAAGUUCAUCAAUCGCGAAAUGAAGAUCGUGGCACCGCGGGGAGUUCGACGAUUCGCGUUUCCAGACGUCCGUCCGUCGGUGGCACAAGUAUCCGAAUUUCUUCGCGGAGUACCACUCCCCAUUCUCCAUUCCGCCAUCGUAUUCAUUCCCAAGAAUUUUUACCAGGCCAUCUUUCUAUCGUUCUAUUCACGAUCCUUGGAUCGUGAGAUCGAGCUACAAUUACAGACCAGCCGAUUACACCAUCUUUAUUGAUCACAAUUGAAGAACGCGCGAUACUACAUGUACCUUGAUAUUCCUGACGCAAAGGACGUCUCGCUCCCCUCCAUAAUAAGAUUCUCAAGAUUUUGUUGAAUUUAACAGUUCAAGAAGCCAUGGAGCUACUCGUGGUGCCAAUUAAGCUUUACAAUAGCCUGUUUACAAUAGUUUAUUCUAGUGCUGUGGUAUAGUAAAUCUAUUUCGAUUCAUCGGAAAUAAUCAACGAAUAAAAUAUAUUACCGUUCCUAAUGUAAUAUAAUCAAUAUUUUGUUUAAUUUUAUUGACAAUAGUGGACAACAGCGUUGGAACGCGCGUGCAUUUUUCUGUUUUGCAUCUCAUUUUGUGUAUUUUAUGUAUAUUCUUCUGCAAUAAAUACUAUUACUAUUAUUGUGUUACUGUUAAAAAA